ACUAUGACUGAUGGGGAUUAUGACUACCUGAUAAAGCUCCUUGCCUUGGGAGACUCUGGUGUGGGAAAGACAACAUUCCUAUACCGAUACACAGAUAACAAGUUCAACCCCAAGUUCAUCACCACAGUUGGCAUCGACUUUAGGGAAAAAAGAGUGGUAUACACAGCUUCCAACCCAAAUGGAAUGACAGCAGGAAAGACCUUCAAGGUUCACCUACAGCUCUGGGACACAGCUGGGCAGGAAAGGUUUCGCAGCCUUACUACAGCGUUCUUCAGAGAUGCCAUGGGGUUUCUGCUAAUGUUUGAUCUCACCAGCCAACAGAGCUUCCUCAAUGUCAGAAACUGGAUGAGUCAGCUACAGGCCAACGCCUACUGUGAGAACCCAGACAUAGUGUUGGUUGGAAACAAGGCUGACCUGGCUGACCAGCGUGAGGUCCAAGAAAAACAAGCAAAGGAGCUGGCAGAUAAAUACGGGAUCCCAUAUUUCGAGACGAGUGCUGCAACUGGGGAGGAGGUGGAAAGGGCUGUGAUCACACUGUUGGACCUGGUCAUGAAGAGGAUGGAACAAUGUGUGGAAAAGCCGCCUACGGAGCCGUCUAAUGGCACGGGAUCGACAAAGCUCUCAACUGCACAGCCCGAUGAGAAGAAAUGUGCAUGCUAG